AGCCGUGAGAAUAAGUUGCGAUUAUUGAUGGUUUAUGCUGCUAUUUACCCCGAGAAAUUUGAGGGUGACAAAGGUUCACAGUUGAUGCAGAUGUUUUAUAUUCACAAAUCUCUACGGCUGUUUCAUCUCUUAUUUGUCACGAGAGGAUCCAAUGUCACAAGUUUGCUCUUUAUUUUUCCUGGAUAGAGGGGUGUACGUGUGCUACAUGCCUGACAAGUUAGAAAAGAGGGGAAAAAUAAAGGGUAGUAGGUUAAGUUUUAUCGUAUUGGUGCAAAAAUGUUUUCACUGUUUUAAGUCUUCUAUAUUUUUAAAGUUAGGUUUUUACUUGUAGUUUUAGUUAACUAUUUCAUUUGUUUCUUGAUUUAUUCAGCUAGCAGGGUUAUUAUCAGAUGAUACAAAUGCAGUGAAACAAAGAAAAGCUCUAUAGGAGCUUUUGCGUUAAAGUUUGAUAAUAAGAAAAAACAUGGAGUCAGAAAGGAACGUGUUGGAGAAGAAACAACAUGGCAAUUAUCUCGAUUUUAUCCAAUGGUUGAGCAGAAAUUAUAGGUCUGCAUCACUUCCUUCAUGGAGAGUCAUCAAGCAUAGUAUUAUGUCUGUUGCAGUUAUUUCCACAACUCCUGUUUUUAAUGGAAGUCCCAUGAGGUGUAGCUGCUUGGGAACUAUGAUAGACUUUGAGAGUGCUGCUGCAUCUAGCUGGGUCCCUGUCAUUGACCAAGUGCUUCUGACUGCUAGUGUAAUCUUUGCUUAUAUGGCUGGAGUCAUUCCUUCUGGGGGCUCUUAUAUAAGAUCCCAAACGAACAAGUCAAAUGACCUGCUGCUCCCUGAAAGUCCCAUCUUUUUUGGUAGUACAACAGAAAAGGAAGAUCAGCUUGGUUGUCACUGUUCCUGGGAUGCAGUGAAAGGGAAAAUCACAAAGUCUCUUCUAGCUAUUGAAAAUGGUGUUAGUGUGGAAGAAAAUACCAAAGAAUAUGAAUUAGAUCGUGCAAAGAGGCUUCUUAAUUUGUAUGCCGUUGCUAUUGGUCCCAGAUUCAGGUUACUUUUGUCUUUGGUUGAACAACUUGAGAAAAUGCUCCUAGCACUCGUGGGCGGAAUUGGAGUUGAUAAGCGGAGUUGAAGUUGCUAGAGUGGCUCAUUCCAAGAAGAGGAGGUGCAAAAAGGAGAGAGUGCGCUGCCAUAGCAAGCCCAGGCGCGGGGGCCAAAGCUGCGGGCGCGGACAGGAAACUUCUGAGCUGAACACCAGUUUCUGGAGAUGGCUUGGAGAGGGCGCGACAGCAAAAGGCCGCGGGCGCAGCAUAGGUGGUUGCGGGUGCGAUGAGCUGGGUUUUCCCAACUUCGUACCCACAGCAGAGAGGGCGCGGUAGCUGGCUGGGAGAGGCCUCUCCCUCACCCAUUUUGUUUGUUUUAUCAAGAAACUGUAUAUAGUGUUUGGCUUGAAUUUUCCUGACAACUAUUAUUCACUAUUCCAUUGAAAUAUUUUUUAGAGAGAGAAUAUCAACAUAUUAGAGAGAGAAAGUAGCUUAACCUUCAAGUUUCCAUUGUUGUAGUCAAGAGCUUUUCAAGCUUCCUUCAAGUUUUCAUCUUUUCAAUACAA